GCCAGUAGGAGCAGUUCAUGUAUCUGGAGGGGAAAUAGCCUGCCGUUUUCGGCACAUGCAAAGGAAGUGGUCAUCAUGUAUUUGGUGGGCCCCCUCCACCGUGCUGAGAUGUCUGAAGUGAUCCCCAUAUCCAGGGGACUGACCCUCAGGACCAGGAGCUCACAGCCCUCUCUGUCUAGAGGCAAGGAUCGCAAGGCUGGCAGCCUGAGAGCUGGUUCUGCCAGUUCAGUCCAGUCUACUGCAGAUGAAAACCUGACACUGGAAGAUAUCGAGAGACUACUGGCUCAGAAGGUGGAGGACAAGAAAGAUGACUUGAAGGCAGCAUUUCAAGCCCUCGACCAGGAGGGCAAUGGCACCGUCACCAAAAUGGAAUUCAGACGUGUCAUCAAGAACUUUCUUGUGCCCCUCACUCAGUCUCAGUUUGAUGUGCUGCUAACCAAGGUCCCAAUGAGAGGCAAUGGCAGCGUGGCCUAUAUGGAGUUCCUCAGAAAAUACUGCACAUUUCCAUCAAAUAAACUAAGUGUGCCUAAUUCUCAUGGGCAUCUGCAAAACCAGGCUUUUGUCGACCUACAGCACAACCUGAAAGAAAAGAUUGGAAGCAACUUAAAGAACAUUUCACGAGCCUUCCGUCUAUUUGACUACAACCUGGACGGUCAGCUGCAACAGCAGGAGUUCCGGAGAGUUCUGCAGGCCUACUGCUUUCCUCUCAGUGACCGUGAUUUCCGAAGGCUUUGGACCCACUACAGUGCAAGCAAUACUGACACAGUAUUUUACAAAGAUUUUCUGAAGAGACUUGGUGUUGACUGUGAAAAUUCUCACAAGAUUCCACCAAACAGUAUUGAUCAAGUCUUGAACUGGAACAUGUGUAAUCUGAUGAAGACGAGAAAAACAAACAGAAGAGUAAAAAGUGCUUGGGGUGAUGCUGGCAAAAAUGAAGACAACUUUGAUGAACUCCUCACAACAUUUUUGAGAAAAAUGCGUGUGAACUACAGUUCUGUCCAGAAAGCUCUCCGUGCGUUUGACAGUGCGGGAAGUGGCGUCAUUUUCCCCGAAGACCUAAAGUCAGUGCUCAGUAGUUUUAUAUUUCCAAUGAACGAGAGAUUAUUCCAUGGACUGAUAAGUAGGUUUGGAGUACAAACGAGAGAACCUAUACCUUGGAAAGAAUUUCUGGCCUUGUUUGAAGAUGGAGAACAAUGUCCAUCUGGCAGCAUGCCAAGUGCUCCAAUACCCGGCCUAUCGACGGUUGACAGAAUUCUGCCGAAACUACAUCACGUCCAAGAGAUUUACACCGUACUACAACAGGCCUUUCAAAUCUUCGAUGAGAACAAAACUGGACUCCCUUUGACCAAGCUGUGGACGGUGGCUGAAGGUCUCAGUUUUCCCUUGACAGACAAGCAGUUCACAAGACUUGUUGAUCUUCUAGAUCCUGAUUGCACUGGCUUUGUCCAGCACAACCAUUUCAUAAAGUGCUUUCGAAGUCAUCCCAAGUCAGCACCAAUGGAAAUAACUGGACAAAGAUGUCAGAGCGCGACUGCCGAAAUGGAUCAGGCCCCAAUGUCGUCCGUUACUAUGGCUACGUGGGCCACAGUGGAGACCAUCUUGAAGGACAGGCUAUCUGAACAGCUGGAAGACGUUGUUGAUGCUCUUCAAAAGCUUGACUCUACCCAAAAUGGAAGUGUCAGUCUGGGGGACCUGAAAAGGGUUAUCCAUCUAUAUGGUUUAGCUGUAUCUGACAAUCACUUUGAAAAACUUUGCACGCCAUUUACAGACUGUGAUAGGGUGAAGUACAAACCGUUCCUGAAGGGUCUAGGCAUCCAGAACAUCGCUGAGGAGGACAGCAUCAGCACUGACUCUGUCAGCUUGUACCAAAAGUCUGGAAGUGCUUUUCAGGCACACCUGGCGAAACAGAAGAAAGCGAUUCUGUUGGACGUGGUCAUGAAGAGGUUUAGAGAUGACCUGGACAGUCGUGGAAUGAGCAUACAAGACUGUCUCAAGAAGUCCUGGAGCAGCCCACCAUCAAUCCUUACUCUAGCGGGUUUCAGUAAGAUCCUUGAUGACUCCAUGAUCAUUCUGGAUGAACUACAUUUUGACACUCUGACCGAAGCUCUUGGAUUUCGCAAUGGACAGAUAUCAUGGUCCGACUUUGUGUCUCAAUUUGAAAAGAACGCUGCCAAGGAGAGAAGCUGCGAUCCAGAACAAAUCAAAGAGAAUUUGAAAGCAAGGCCCUCUUUCCUCAACUCAGCUGAAGAAUGCCUGAAACACCUGAAGGAGAGGAUUACAGAAAUCCACGGGGAUGCUCGCACGGCUUUCGGUGUGAUGGAUAGGGACCGUGAUGGCCUGGUCAACUGGAGGGAUUUCAGGCGGCUGUUCGACAGUCUGCAGUUUGCCAUGAGGGAGAAGGAGUACCAGCGGCUUCUCAACCUCAUGGGCCUCGGAAGUCAUGCCACACUCAACUGUUUAGAGUUCCUGGACUCACUGCAUCGGGCCAAUCAGGAGGACCAGGAUCAAGAACAGGCCAAGAAGUCCUGCCACUCACUUGGUCCAGCCUGUGAACAGAUUCAUGAGCAACUGGCGAUGGAUUUAGGCCGUCAUUGGCCGUCCAUAUCAAAGGACCUCUGCCAGUUCUCUGAAGAUGAUGGGAGCAUCGUCCAGAAAAAAAGCUUGAGACAACAUUUCUACAAAUUUCCUUUCCCAGUCACAAACAAAGACUUUGAAAAGUUGUGGACAAGUUUUCUCAGAUAUGAUAAAGAAGGAAAGGGCUUCCUGACAGCAUCAGAGUUGUUUGACGUGCUGAAUAUAAAACCCAAGGGACCGGACCCCGUGUCAGAGUCUCCCGUUACGCAGGGGGAACCUGAGCUUGGGCCGGAGCAGCAGGUUGCCAGAGAGAUGUCAUCCCCUCCACACGGCUGCAGUAGUGCUGUCUCACAAGCCCUCAGGUCUACAUCUCAGUCUCCGCCUGCUGUUGAAGAUCUCAGUCCAGACAGGGCCCUGCAGAGAGUCAGAGAGAUCGUCACCGUCUCCACUGACACUCUUCACAAGGCCUUCUCAGCAUUUGACAAGGAGGACAGGGGUCUGCUCUCAUCGCCGGAGUUUCGACGAGUCUUGGACCACUUCUGCUUAAAGUUGACAGACCGUCAGUUCAGUCAUUUGCUGAUUAAGCUUAACAGCCAACUGCAGGAAGAGGGAAUGGUGAACUGGAAGCAGUUCCUUGACACCUUUCAAUUCAAGACAGAGACAGCUGAGGAGUGGCUGGAAAAAAUCGAGAAGGUCCAUUUCCCCAGUCAAGCCCAACCCCUUCCACUCAACGCCAUCAUGGGACGGAUUAAAGAUGUUGUGUCUACUCGUCUUUAUGUGAUCACCAAAGAAAUGGUGGCCCGUGAUUAUGCACAAAUAAAUGUGAUCUCCAAGGAGAGCUUCAGGAACAUCUGUAAACGACAUUUCAUGAGGCUCACCAGCGAGCAGUUUGACAACUUGUGGAACAUUCUACCAGUCAACGGUGGUGGUAACCUGGAGAUACGAGAGUUCCUGAAGCGGUUCAGUGGAGAUGUGAAGGUGUUUGAUGACCAGGUGAUUCAACACAGACAGGGCCCCACAUCAUCGCCGCCACCGCCGCCACUGCCGCCACUGUUAUCAUCUGUGUCGCCGCGGCCACUGUUAUCAUCUGUCUCAGAAACAAACAUCCUCAGACGUCCAAAAACAUCCUCCUGCUCAGUCAGGACUGCUGAGGCAGGGGAGGGGGAGUCCAGUGACCAGACGAGGCGACCCUACUCAGCUGGGGCGAGGUCAGCGGCGUCCUCCCUGAAUCCUGAUCCUGUGGUGAGCAUGAGGGUGACGUCCUCCAUCCACAGCUGCUGGAAGGUGAUCUUGCAGCGGUGCAGGCAGAGGGACACCUACAGGCUCGGGGAGAUAGACGCUGGAGACUUCCAAGGUAUCCUGAAGGAAGUUCAUAUUCAGAUGACUCCACUGGAAUUUGAGCAGCUAAUGGCAAAAUACGGCGUAAAUACUGACGAACGGAUCCGCUACUCUGACUUCCUACGCCACUUUGUGCUGUCACAUAAACCCGCCGUCCCCAGACUGCUCAGGAGGAAUAUACUUCACCUUACAAAGAUGCCGAGUGCUGAACCUCCAAGCACCCAAUGUGUGGAGGCCAUGCUGAGAAUACAUGGCACUAUACACCAGUUUUGGAGAUCCUUGAAGCAGUCUUUUCUGGCCUUUGACAAGGCCCGCAGUAGGAAGAUUUCUGUUCAAAACUUCAGACGGGUUCUAAGACUUUACCAUAUAAACCUGUCAGAAGAGGAGUUCUUCCAUAUCACGUCUUACUUCGACAAGGACAUGUCUGGGAAAAUAUACUACAAUGAAUUCCUUGGCACGUUUUUGGGAUGAGCAAGAGUAGGCCUAACUAUUUAUAUUGGAGGAAAAUUAAAAUAAUCAAUUAUGUCUACCAUUUUUUAAUCAAGUUUUGUUGUUUGGCCAUUAUGAUGCUUGUGAUACAGUAAAAAUUGAGCUCUUCAAAAAUAUUAAUAAAAGAUUUUGUUGCCUGAU